CCCUGGACCUCACAGGAGUUGGAGGAAGCACUCCUCGAUGGUCAUUCAGAGGCCUUACAAACUGUGAUUGGCAGUGAAAGGGACGAUGGAAAGCUCUAUGCAGGGAGCAGUCAAUGGCUCGAGAAGGAGGCAUGGGGCACUCUGUUCCGGGCCCCGACGGAUUCUUUAUUUUGCCGCAUGGCGACGAACGUUUUUUGGACGCCCGAGCAACUGAGGAGCCGCAGUGUGACGGGCACACUUUCGAACAAGUCGCGUUCGAAGGGGGUGACCGAACCAAGGCCUGCAUUAACCCCUGAGAAAGUGGCCUCACUAAAAGCUCUCUUCAGCAUAUACAUGGGCAGCGAUGUGCCUAAAGACGCCCAGAGCAAGAGGCUCAAGGACGUGCGCAAGCACCUUGCGCAGAAGCUGGGUGACAUGCGGCGCAAAUGAUCCUUCGUGCCGCCAGCACCCGCCACCCACCUGCAGCAGGUUGACGCCCGCGCCCUCCCUGAGCCAUCCCAACCAACUUUGCA